AUGGGCGGCGGAAAACAACACCCCGGGUUCCCCAACCCCAACCCGACCGUCAGCCACUGGCAGGACCCCCCGCACCGCCUGGCCUCGCACCGCACCACGCCCGAGCUCCCGACCGACGAAGCAUGGGACCACGUCAUCAUCGGGUCCGGCAUCUCGGGCGCCGCCAUCGCGCACAAGCUCCUAACCCGAAAACCUCUGCUGCGCGUGCUGAUGCUCGAGGCGCGCACGGCGGCGUCGGGCGCGUCGGGCCGCAACGGCGGGCACUGCCGGCCUGGCUGGUGGAGCCACUUUCGGCGCUACGCCGCGUCCUUUGGCGAGGCCGAGGCGCUGCGGCUCGAGCGGCACGAGGAGCAGACGGUGGCCGACGUGGCGGCCUUUGUGCGCGAGCACGGCGUGCGCAACGACUUCCAGGACGUCGAGACGGCCGACGUUUUCACGACCGACGCCGCCUUCCGCGGGGCCCUGGACGCGCUCGCGUUCCGCGACGAGGUCCGCGCCCGCACGCCGGGCGACGUGGGCCCGUCGGUGGAACGGACGGUGUGGCGCGCCGAGGACGCCCGCGCCAGGCUGGGCAUCCCGGGUAUCGCCGGCGCCAUCACGUACCCGGCGCACGCGCAGAAUCCGUACCUGCUCGUGUGCAGGAUGCUCGAGCUGGCGCUGGACGCGGGACUGAACCUGCAGACCAACACGCCCGCGCUAUCGGUGGAGGAGGAGGAGGAGGAGGAGACGGCGGACGGAGACGGGGCAAAGUGGACGGUGCGGACGGAGCGCGGGGCGGUGCGGGCGCGCAACGUGGUGCUGGCUACAAACGCCUACACAAACAGCCUGUACCGCGGGCUGGCGGCCACGGGGUUCCUGACGCCGGCGCGCAGCCAGGUGGCGGCGCUGCGGCCGGGGUCCGGCAUGGACUACGGCUACCUGACGGGCCACAGCGGCGGGCCCGUCGACGUGCCGACCGACGACUACUACAUGACGACGCCGGCGGGCGUCGUCGUGUGGGGCGGGGGGAGGUGCCUGGCGCCCGGGCGCGAGGUGGGCGUCACGGACGACGGGGCCGUCGACGGGGCCGUCGCGGCCUACUUGCACGACGCGCCCCGGCACUUCUACGGCGCCGAGCGGUGGGGGAGGAGUGGCGGCGAGGAUGGUGGGGCCGAGGUGGUGCGGGACUGGUCGGGCAUCACGUGCUACACGCCCGACACGCUGCCGCUGGUCGGCCAGGCGCCCGGGCAGCCGGGCCUGUGGAUGUCGGUGGGCAUGAACGGGCACGGCAUGGCGCUCGCGUUCCGGUGCGCCGAGGCGCUGGUGCACAUGCUGAUCGAGGGCAAAGGCGAGCCGCCCGAGUGGUUCCCGCGGAGCAUGCGGCUGGCGAGGGCGUGGGAGGCGCCCAAGCUGAGGGUGGAGGGGUGGGUUGAGGGGACUGGGGGUGUGGUGUGAGGUGGGUGGGCAUUGUCAGGGGGACGGGACGCCUGGGGUGAUGAUUACGAGAUGAGGAACAUGUGCUUCUUUUUCUCUUCUGCUGUCUACGAACCCAAAUAAUACUAACAACCACUUUCUUUCUUCAAGCCCCCUCCCUUCAUGGCUGCGUCUCCACAUAACGCCGCCGGAGCUGCUUGAGCUGCUGCACCCCGCUGCUGCCUCCCGUCUGCUUCUUAAAGUCCUCCUUAACCUGAGCCAGCAGGCCGUCGACAGUCAGCACGUCGACAGCGACGCCGGCCAUUGCGGCGGCGGCCUUCAUGGCCUUGUCGAAGCUCUUGCGCGUGCCGGCGGCCCCCUUGAAGGCUGCUGUGUGCGGCGCCGACGCCGUGGGCGAGCCGUCCUCGUCAAAGAUGCCAAAGACGGGGUGGAUGGCCGGCAGCUCCUCGGACACGUUCCCCUGGUCCGACGACGCCGAGGCCGAGCGCGACUUCUCCACGCCCGCGUCGGGCGUCUUGCCGCCGAGCGCCUCAAAGUUGCGCU